GUGAAUGCGUGCGUUUGUCUGUGUCUCUUGGCGUUGCUUUGGGGCCGUUGAUCCGGACUGACAGAACCGCCCCGUUGUUGUCGCUGUUGUGGUGGUCUUGGCGUCCAUGGAGCAGCACAUAUGAAAGUGGUGGAAGCGGCUUGAGUCCGUCCUGAGCAGAGACGCAACCUUGAAGUGAGAUCUCUGGCCAAGGCUUCGGCAGAGGCUGCAGAGAGUCGCCGGAAGGGACACACCUUGAUGCUGAAGUCAUUCCGCGGGGGUGGACAGUGAACCUGGAGCAUCAGGCCCUGCCUGCCCGGCAGAGAGGUGGAAAAGGCCUGGUCUGACCAGUGGUCAUUUUUCUUGAUUAAGAAAGUGGCUUUUUGUCAUUAACAGGGUUGGUUGGACCUUUUUGAUGUAAGAUUGACUUCUCAAGCAUGGAAGCAUCCAUCCAAAGACCACACCAUCCAGGCCCCGGAGGAGACAGCAAUACCACAGUAGACAACCAUGGCCGUGGCUUCUAUGACUUUUCUCUGUCAAUCCCCUUCCCAUCCUCUAUGGAGGCAGAGAUCGCCUGCCGCUCUUUGAACCCGGAUCCUGAGCCUCGUCGGAGUGGUGUCCAGCGGGAGUUAACUGUCAUCGGGAACAAAUUGAUUCUUCACUGGAGAGCAGAAGAAGCACGAUUCUUUCGAGCUUCUGUCACCACCUUCCUGGACUAUCUGGCUCUGGUGCUGCAGACAAUGGAGCGUUUUGGGCCCCCAGGGUCCCACUGAGACACCUCUCCCUGAUCCACUCUUGUCCCACAGGCCCUGGCCCAAGUACCCCCAUAACUCUCACCCCUAUUCCUCUAAUGAAGAGCUACCAAAAAGGCUAAGCUUAGAAAAUGUGGGAAAACAGAAACCAAGACCUCUCCCCAACUUCCUUCCCUGCUUAUUCCCCUUUCCCAUACCACCAUCCACUUUUUAAUACCACAUUCUCUUCCACCAAGAAGAUGGAAGUUGGAACAGGAGGAUCUUGAUUCCACUUGCCCAUUCCAAUAUGAACUUGUUACAGAAAAAUAAAUCUCAUUAUACAAACACACACAAACCCCAAACUAACUGGCCCCUUAAUAAGGAGCAGUCAAUUUUGCCUUCUCAUAGCUCAUAGCGUAGACAUCAAACUUGGCUUAGAACUUGAAUUGCAGAAGGUGUGGGAAUUUUUUGUGUUGUUUUUGGGGGGUGAGGUGGGGUGAGGGUCAUCUUUAACAACCCUCAGGGGACAAUUGGUAAACAGGAAUGAAGAUCGAAGAUACUUAUAUAUGUGCAUGUCAUCCCUCUCAUUAGAAUGUAAGCUCCGUGGGGACAGGAACUGUUUGCACUUUGGUUUUUGUUUUCCUAACUCUUAGCAUGGUACAUGAAGUAUAGUGAGCACACUUAAUAAAUGCUUGUUGAAUGGUUGCUUGAUUAAGAUGGGAAUAUCUGGAAGGACUUUAGAAUGCUUGAUUUUCCCUCAGCCUCUUUUGUCCCUUCCCUUCCUGAUCAUCAGAAUGGAAUCUCAUUAUGGAUAGAACAAUAGCUGAUAGCAGUAAGUCCUUCCUGUCCUCCCCUCCUGGUGCACCCAGGAACGCACAUACUUUCCUCUUCCCUUCUUCCCUGUGCCUCUUUACCUUUUAACCCUUCCCAAUCUCUGCCUCCCUCUCAUUAGUUUAAGGGUAGAAGGUUCAGCUGGGCCCAGGAGAAGGAAGGAAAUUCUUUUUGCAGGACUGGUUAGGUCUCUUGAAAAUUAGAAUUAUCUGUAGGAUUAAUUCUAUAAAUCUAAUGGCUUUUCAUGUUUGUAUUGAACUGGAAAUUUUCAAAUCCAUAUUGUUACAAAUUCCUCAUUAAAUUUUUAAUUUCCCUCAAAA